GCCAACUCUUUGCCGGCAGAGAGGGCCCAAUCUGUGCUGGAUUCAGAAGCAACCCUGGCCCCUGCGGAGGGAACCCAGGGGGAUCCUGUGGCUGACCCAGCGCUGGACACGGACAUUCAAGAGCUGGCCAGCCUCACCACAGGAGAAGGAGACAUCGAGAACUUUGAGCGACUCUUCUCCAAGUUGAAGGAAAUGAAAGAAAAGGCUGCCACCCUGCCUCACGAACAAAGAAAGCUGCAUGCCGAAAAGGUUGCCAAAGCCUUCUGGAUGGCCAUCCGAGGAGACCAGGAUGAGAUUGAAGGCUUGUCUUCCGACGAAGACAACUGAGGAUGGGGGGUCUGCAAGCUGGAACGGGACUCUGGUUCUGGAUGUGCCACCCUGGUUUUGCCGAGGCCUCAUUUUCUCCGCAGCCCCGGCAGAGACUUUGGGGUGGGGGUGGGGUGGGGGGGAAGGGGUGUUCCUUGAGACUUAGUUCAUUCUUGUUCUGCAGCAGCGGAGAGCAGCUGCCUCCGUGGCCCCCCUGCCUGGAUCUACCAAGGGGAAGGUGGACCUUCAAGUGAACAGAACCUGGUCCCAACUAAAGGAGAAGCUGCACGGAGGCUGCUUGGGCAGAGGCCGCUUUGGCAUAAACCAAGCAUGGGUCCAUUUGCCUUCCAGCUUGUCUUCAUAUCAAAAAAAUGACUGAAAUCUGGAGAGGAAUGUUAGUAGGAGGUUAUCUGUUAGUUUAGGAGUCCCGAUGUCCCCAGGCCCUUAGAAGGGGAGAAGCGCUGAGAGAGGCGCCUUCUCUUGGCUCAGCUUCAUUUGGAAUCGGAUCCAGAGUGUUUAUCCAAUGCUGGCCAGCCGAGACAGAGGUUGCUUGCGUGCCAUCCAUCCUGCCUGGAAGCUGAGGAUGAACCAGCGCAAGGAGAAACAUCUGAACGCCUUCUCAAUUCUCUCCAGGGAUCCCAUCAGUGGCAGCUUAGAGAGGCUGUGUGCAACUCCUGCCUUGCUUGAAGGUGGCUGUUGCAUCACAGCCUUUGGAGACAACAAAGGGGGGGUGUCUUCCUUUGGGAGGGGAGCACAUCUCUCUGCCCAACCUUCUGCAGCCAGGAAUGUUAGGAUUCUACUAGAUUCCUUAUGCCAGGAGGGGUCCUCCAUCCCUGGGCCCUGCAAGCAGCAGGAGAGCACGCAUGCACAGGCCCUGCAUGCUGUUUCCUGCAAAAGGCGUGUAGAUCUUGGGGCUCCCUCCUAGUGUCAGAACCUGUUUGGUUUCAGCAGAACUGAGCCAUCUCUGGCCACCCCCAGGCUCGAAGGAGCCCCCCCCCCAGGCAGAUAAAGCACUUUAGAGUCUAGUUCGGGGGUCCCCAAACUUGGCAAGUUUAAGACUUGUGGACUUUAACUCUCAGAAUUCUCCAGCCAGCUAUG